CUUUGCCUUUAACAAGUGAAAAAGAUGGGUUUAUCGUAUCGUCUACGAGCACAGACGAUCCCAGCACAAUACCUGGGCGAUCGCUUAGGCUCCCGAGUAUUGCCCCAAUAGUUGCAGCGGUUUUAGCUUCCCUCACAGCACCUGUCGUGCUUGUCUCAACUCUUAUAAUUGUAACCCGUAAAUCACGAUGA